ACAUCGGAAAGAAACGACGGUUCCGGGGUCUUGGUCUGGAGUCCAAAUGGAUCAGUACAAGUACAGCACCUACAACAACCCUUGAGCAGCACUGCUCGAAAGUCAUCUUGAAGUCAUGGAGAACAUGUACCCUUCGGCCACCUCCCCUGUUACUCUAUCACUUGCUGCCUCGCCUCUCUUCCAGCGAGCAAACCCUAUCCUAAGUCUCGAUGAACGCACAGAACUCACCUAUCAGCGUGCAAGGGCCAUUGCAAAAGCAUAUGCCUUGACACCCCAAGAUGUGGUGUUCCUUCGACCAAAGUUCUGGCAGCUACAUACUGACCAGAUCGCACCAAUGGACGGUGCAGCCACAACGCUGUUAACCAUUCAGUACAACUUGGCGGCUGGCACACUGGCACCGUUUGCUUUCAAACGUCCUGAGCUUCAGCCAAUCCUGAAGAAAAUUAUGGACUUCGACGUCUCCGCUCAGUUCCUCUUGUCUGAAGUUGGCCACGGUUUGGACUCUCCUAACCUGGAGACCACCGCUACGCUGCUUCCCACUGGAGAGUUUGAUCUCCACACACCUAAUCCAUCUGCGGCUAAAUGGAUGCCUCCUACCGCACCGAAGGGCAACAUGCCCAGGGUCGCGGUAGUAAUUGCGAGGCUCAUCGUCGAUGGUGAGAACCGUGGCGUACGACCUUUCGUUGUCGCACUGGGGGAUGGCCACCAGAUGUGCAGGGGCAUCACCUCCAAAGUUCUCCCUCAAAGGGCAGGAUCAAAGCCUGUCGAUCAUGCAUUGACUUACUUCAAUCACGUCCGUCUUCCGGCCGCCGCACUCCUAGGAUCCCCUGAGAAGCCGAAGGACCUGCGACAAAACUUUCUUUCUGUCAUUUGGCGUGUAGGGGUGGGCUCCUUAGCGCUCUCUACACUGUCGAUUACGGCGCUCAAAGCAUCAGUUUACGUCGCGGGUCGUUAUAGUCUUCGUCGAACAGUGACUGGAGCCAAUGGAGCACCUAUGCCUAUAAUUGCUUUCCGUACUCAACAACUCCCAAUCUUCCACACGCUCGCCCAGGUGUUCGUCCUGGAAGCUUAUGCCCAGGAUGCGGCAGAACAAUUCGUGAGCCCUGACUUGGACCCUCGCGUUCGCCACGGUAUCGCAGCAACUUUGAAAGCUGUGAUGCUGCAGCACUGCCAAAGUAGCUUGUACACCCUCGCCGAGCGCUGCGGAGCGCAGGGGUUAUUCGAGCACAAUCAAAUCAUCGAAUCACAGCUCGAAAUGCGAGGUGUUGCAAUUGCCGAAGGUGACGUCCUAGCAUUGUGCAUACGCCUUGCAUCCGAGCUGCUUAUUGGCCGAUACGAUAUGCCUCCUCCACGGGACCCUACUGGUUUAUUGGCCCGACAUGAAGCUGGCUUAUUCGAAGAAGCUCGGCAGGUCGUAGCCAACCUUGGCGCGAGUCAUAGGAGCGAGGGCUUCAACCGUCUCAUUCUUCCUCUUUGUCAACCACUGAUCGAGGCCAUCGGACACCGUAUGGCAUACGAGGCAGCGACGAAGGCCAAAGUUCACCCCGAUCUGCUCGCACUCUACCUCGCCGGGGUCGUGAAGUACGACUCCAGCUGGUACGUAGAGCAUAUGGGGCUCGGACGGAGAGCACAGCACGAGAUGGAGGACCGAGCGUUGACAUCGGCAUUGCCACAUCUGGAGCUAUUCCUGGAGCAGACCGGUGCCAGGCCAUAUUGCAUUGCUCCAAUUGCGUCCGACGAGUCGUGGAAUAAGUUCGUCAAUAGCCUUCCUCACUUCGACGGUGAGGCCGUUCUCGACCUCAUUCCUGAGACAAGGGGGAGUUUGAGUGGGGCUACUAUUGGGUUUGAUACCACCGCAGCGCGGCUCUAGACUGGCGGUCAUUUAAUGUACUACAUGGACUUGGUUGUGAAUAUUGAAGCUGUACUCCUCAAGUUCGUCAGGUUUUUCUUACAUCGCUAGAGAAUGUUGUAUGCACUUCGCACUUGCGUUUCUUGGAGUCAACCGAUAGACGUGAAUAAAGCACGCUGGCAUGG